AUGGCUCGUCUCGGCCUGUUGCACGGUCGCCUUUUAGCCACCCUGCUGGUGGCGGCGCUCUGUUUAAGCCCCGGGGCUAAGCCUUCCUCUGGCCCAGGGGGCGCCGAAGCUCGGUGCGAAGUGUGUCAAGAUUUUUUGGAAAGAUUCUACAGUUCUUUGAAAAAAAACCAUUCUGAUUUCUCCAUGGCUUCCAUAGAGGAGGAGUUAAUUAAGACUUGCGUGGAGGCAAAAGGCAAAGAACAGCGCUUGUGCUAUUACCUUGGGGCUACCGAAGACGCAGCUGCCAAGAUCCUCACUGAAGUCAGCCGUCCAAUGAGCGGCCACGUCCCUGCGGCCAAAAUCUGCGAGAAACUGAAGAAAGUCGAUCUUCAGAUUUGUGAACUCAAACACGAAAGACAACUCGAUCUAACUUCGGUGGACCUAUCGAAGAUGAGAGUGGCUGAGCUGAAGAAGAUCCUGGAGAGCUGGGGAGAAGUUUGCAGAGCUUGUGCUGAAAAAACAGACUUUGUGAACCUGAUUAAGGAGGUUGCUCCCAAGCAUACGGCAGCUCCUGCAAAAGCUGAUCUGUGACGGACUGGUUUAGGGUCUGCUUGGGCGGCGGGGUUGGCCUAGAUGACCUACGAGGUC